UUAAAUUGUUAAAUUUGUUAUUCAAGUUUAUCACAUCGCUUAUUAACAAAAAACGGCUUUUUGCGAUAAAAUACAAAUUUAUCAAAUUAAUUACUUAUGUUAAUGUCUAUGUACGCCGUACUGGAAAGAAUAAUAAAAAUAAGUGCAUAAUACUCAAACUAGGCAAAUAACGACUUACCUUGGAGCUACAAAUCUUGGAGCCAUUUAUUACAAACAUGAAAUGCUUAGUCACGGACAGUGCUACCGUUAGACCUAGUGUAGGGUCCAGAUUGAUGUUCUUUUCGGCACUUUCAGCGGAUUUACUUCUAGUAGCUGUUGGCGGUCUCAUGGUAUGGGGAUCUGCAGCAAUACCGAUUUUAUCAUCAAAGAACAACCCUUUGGAUAGACCUAUUACCCCUUUUCAAAUGUCUCUUAUACUAUCAGCUCCAGCAUUCGGCGCACUAAUCUCUCUAAACCUUAUGGCGUACAUUUCUGACCUAAUAGGCAGAAGGAAAAGUUUAUUAUUUUUAUCAAUCUCUUUUGUUAUUUGCUUAUGUGGUAUAGCAUUCGCAAAAAAUGUUUAUCUUUAUUAUCUUUUCUUUUUGAUAAACGGCUUUAAUUUUUCUGGUGUAUGCGUUAAUGUCGCUACGUACAAUAGCGAAAUCGUUAAUGAUGAAAACAGAGCCUGGCUUGGUUGUAUUUUGGGACUAGCUUUUCCCGUUGGUAAUCUCAUUGGUUUCAUUCUUGGAGCAUAUCUGACAACUAUUACACAAUAUACAUUGGCUGCUGGUUUUCCCGUAUACAUACAUAUAUUACUACAAUACUUUAUAGUUGAAUCACCGAUGUAUCUAGUCUGCAAAAACAAGAAAACAGAUGCCCUACUUGCAUUGGAAAAGCUGAGAUGUUAUGAGAAGCCAAUCGAUAGUGAAAUAGAAUACAAUCACAUAGAAAAACUAAGCUUAAAAUCUUUGAAUAAAAAUGGAAAACUUUUUGAUAUCUUCAGUAACCCUGUAGCAAGUAAAGCUUUUAUUAUUAGUCUCAUGUUAAGCUUUACGCAACAAUCAUGCGGUAUGUAUAUUGUUAUGAACUAUGCAGUUCCAAUAUUCAACGAAGCUGGUGCCAUGUUAUCGGGUAAUGACAUAAGUCUCUUACUUGGUGUUUUACAGGUACUAAUAUAUGUUGCAGUGAUUUUUUAUAUUAACAAACUCGGAAGAAGGCCCUUACUGCUUUUUUCGUCGAUAGGUUGUGCAAUUUCUACAAGUGUGUUAGCAAUAUAUUUCUACUUAAAACAAUACAGUCCUGUAACUGCUGCUUCGAUAUCUGUGGUUCCAGUCAUAAGUGCAAUGACAUUUGUUAUUUCAUAUUCUUCUGGUCUGGGACCGAUUACAUUGUCAUAUCUAGGGGAACUAUUUUCUAACGAAAUUAGAGCUACAGCUGUAGCAACUGUAUUAGUUUUAGAUGCAGUAGUAGCUUUAUCAUUAAAUUUUACUUUCCCGUUGUUAGUUGAUUAUUUCGGAAUAUACAUGUGUAUGUCAAUUUAUAGUUUGUCAGCACUUACUGGAUUUGUAUUAAUGGCUAAAUUUUUACCGGAAACAAGGGGGAAGAGUCUUAUCAAGAUACAGGAGAGUUUAAAAGAAUGGUAAAAAAAUGAGAGGAAUACAUCUACUUGUGAUUAUUAUCCUGUCGGAUUUUGGUUAUUAUCACAGCUAUUUGUGUUUUAUCGAAAACCGGUCUAGAUGGUCUACUGUGCCUGACAUUGUCACUAUACGUCAUUAUCACGUCAUUUUAGGUGCUUGCAAAUUAUACAUAAAAUAUGUUAAAAAACUAAUUAAAAUCCUUCAUAAACAGUAUAUUUAUAUUUAAAAAGGCUCUUACGGGUUAUAACACAGAACGCUUUUGGAAUAAAAAUGCCAUCGUCAGUGCUGCUUACCUAAAAUACGUAUGUAUAAUGUAUACUAGGCCGGGCCGAAUUUUUUUUUUAAUUUUUCUACACGGCUAGUUGCCAAAAGUUGGGACUAGUAUUUAUAUAAUACAAAUUUGGGCCGGUUUAAAAAAUAUUUACCCGGGCCCCCUGGCCCUUAAAAAUUUUUUCUUUGGGUCGAAAUUUUUUUUUAAAUUCUUGUACAAGGCUAGUUACAUAAAGUUGUAACUAGUAUUUAUAUAAUCCCAUACCAAAUUUGGGACGAUUUAGAAAGUAAUUAACCGGGUCCCCGGCCUUUAAAGAAUUUUUAUAUUGUUAAAAAAAUGUUUGGGGCUAUUAAAGAAGCUUCUGUUAUCAUAUUCUAUUAUUAAGCAAAAGAAAGAUAAUACAGUAGACAGGAAAAAUACUUAAGGUUUUAAAUGCCGUUUUAGAAGAUCUAAACUAAAUCUUCAAAGAUAAUACAGUGCUGGUCAUCGACAAAAAUAAAAUUUCGGAGAGGAGUUAAGGGAAACACACGGCAACCCCAGCACGGGAAUAAAAAUUUAAACAAGUCAAUAUUUAAGUGCUACACUUUGAUGAAAGGAAGGAUCAAACCAUGGUAUUCGGAAAGGCGAGACGAAUUAUGAAAACUAAAGACCAUAUAGCUUUAAUUGAAGGACCCGGUAGUUUAUAUUUUGGGUACUUGGAUCUUAGCCAGUCUCGUGUCUUAGAUAUUGUCGAAGGAAUAUUAUACUACUUACCAAGCCAUAAUAUAGAUCUAUGCAAAUUAGGUGUUAUGGGAUGUGAUGGUUAAAAUGUAAAUACGGGCUGGAAGGUGGAAUCAUACGAAUUAUAGAAAGGCGAGUAAAUAAACCGUUACAGUGGAGUGUAUGCCCGUUGCACGCUAAUGAACUUCCCUUGCGAUAUUUGCUGCAAAAACUAGAUGACCACACAAAAGGUCUCAAUUUAUAUUCUGAGCGGAUUGGAUCCCUUCUUUCCAAUUACGAAAAAAUGCGUGUUAUUAAAUUUAACACCAUAGAAGCUGUCCUGUCUCUUGUAAAUGAAAAUGAUCCAAGUUCAGAUCAAUAGUAUUUGUCCAAACUAUCCUAAGCAAUAGUUGGAGAUAGAAUAUGUUCUCAAAGUUGGGCAGAGAGAAGUCCAGGAUGGCACAAACACGUUGGUUCACGACAGCGAACCGCAUUCUUAGAGUUUAUGUAGCUACAACUGAUCCUUGAGAAAGCUUAAAGAUUUUAGCGGAGUUUGUAAUACAAGUAUAUUCACAUAUAUGAGGUUUGAGAUAAAAACACAGCCAAAAUUGGAAUAUGGUGCCAGGCAUCUAUGGAAAUCAAUGCAGCCCUCGAAAGAUUUUCCGAAUAAUGUCUCAUCAAUUUAUCAAUAAAGUUAUUUAAGACCAUGCUUAAUUUGCGCACCCGGAAAUCAUUCAAAUUUGUAUGUUAACAGAUUAACGUCAACGUAUUAGAGAAGAUGCUCUCAGAAGGAUUUUAAAAUGUAGGAAAGCCGGUAUAAAAAUUGUGCUCUAAUACAGCAUUUAGCAGACGAAGAAUAAUUGUGGGACAUGGUGAAACAAUUUCCAAAGUUUGACAAUUUUCCUUGCCAUACUCAAGCAGUGGAGAGGUGUGUGAAGAUAAUUACUGAUGCAUCAAUAAAAGUGUGUGGUGAAGAAUCUAGAGAUGGUUAUAUUCGAGCUAAACUUGAUGCCAGAAAGAAUUAGCCAAUAUUUGAAAGUAAAUGUCGACACUAUGCUUCAAGGAAUGAGCAAUGAACAAAAAUGUCGAGCCAAGGAGGGUGGGCGAGUGGAACUCACCGUGCAGCAACCUCAUCGUGGUGAGUUCUGGGUUAAAUUAAUAUACGAAAUAAUGUUAAACAUGUGCAUAAUAGUUCAAUAUAAAAACCUUUUGUGCCGAAUAUUGAUUCAAGCAAAAAGCUGCACAGUUCACAGCUCAAAAAUAGUAAAUAAAUAUGCAUUGGUUACCCCUCUUUUUUAUUUUUAGUCCUGGAGGCCGGUUAAAUCUUUUUAGAUCAUGAUGAAAUUUUUUUAACAAGAUAGUAGCAUUGAUAGUAAUAUCUUAGACACUAGCCCGCCCCAAAAAUAAAGCAAAAAAAAUAAUUUUUUUAGGCCCCGGUCAAAAAUAAUUUAAUUCGGCCUAUGUUUGGUACACAUUAUUAGGAAUACCAUACACAACUUUUUUUUACUAGCCCGUUUAAAAUUCCCAAAAAUUUUUUUUGCCCUUUUUCGGCCCGGCCUAAUGUUACCCACUUUAAUUAACGCUUAACCACUAACACGUGGUGUGUCAUGCCUUGUCGAAAUAGUAUAUUGUACAACAAGUGCAGAAAGGUACUAAUUUCUUACGAGUUGGAAAAGUUGCGGUGAGAGCGCAAGCGAGUGCCGCAAUUCAAAAAGUAAGAAAUUACCUUUCUGCACGUGAUACACACUAUAUUUUUUCUACAACAACAGUUUUUGCUAAAAAUAAAAAUCACAAUUUCCAAACGAAAAUACGAAAUUAUAAAUUUUAAACUGUAUUUAGUUAAUACUAAUCAAUUUAAAUUCCCUAUACCUAAACAAAUUACACAGAAAUCAGUUAAAAAAUUAAUGCACUGCUUUAAUUUGUUUGAAUUUAAACUAUUUUAAAUAAAUUAUUACAAAAUAAUGUCACAUUUGACGUUAUAUUUGUGCAGUUAUGGAUUUCCACCAGACCUACUUCAUUCGACGUAUCUUGCUGAGGUUGCUAAAUCCUUAUUGGUUAAUUGAUAACUAUAAAAUGUUUAUUAAAAAUAAAAUUGUAAAAUAAAACAGUUGUAACAUCCAUAAUUUAAUUUCUAUUCGAUAAUUAAGUAUAAUAAUUGUUUACAGGUUGUAUACUGCCCUCCUAAGCCAAAAGGGCGUAUCUCAUUUUGCCAUAUUUUCGUAAAAGGUGUUUUAAUAUGGUGUUUAUACCAAUACGCAUCAAAUUUACUAAGCGAAACAGACGUAUCUCGCGUUGUUGAAGCUGUUUCAUUCGAGAUACGUCUUUUUCGCUUAGUAAAUUUGAUGCGUAUUGGUAUAAACACCCUAUUAAAAAACCUUUUACGAAAAUAUGGCAAAAUGAGAUAUGCCCUUUUGGCUUAGGAGGGCAGUAUAGUUGUCUGCACUUUAACCACAGAUGUAAACAGAAUAUAAUAACGUUACUCAGAAUGAGGUAGUCAUUUGUAAAAUACCAAACGUAAAGUUCAAAAAUAAUGUUUUAAAGUAGCGAAUUUUACAGUUUUCUCGGUCAUGAGUUAAAUCGGUCCUUUUUUCACUAUCAAAUCUAAUAUCUUAAAUAAAACCAUUUUGUCUAAACAUGUUAUAAUUAUAUUUAUGGUUUUAUUGUGGAAUGUAAUGGUACUAUGCAGAAAAGAACUUUCCGGCACAGAAACGUCACUUUUCUGCACACUAAUGUCAUAAAUCUUAUAGGGGAAAUGAGGGUAAGAUGGAAGGAUAGGGCAAGAUGGAAAUUACCUAUAAAACCCGAACUGCGCAAUAAAGCGCCCGGAUCCACACUCACACAGAUGCAGGCGAACCUCUUCCAUUUACAAACGAUGGCUCAAUCAGUUCAGGUCAGCUAAUGAGUGUACACGCUUCCUUCUUAGUUUUGCAGUUAAAUAUUACGCAAUUAUUGAAUUUUUGUGAUCCGAUUAUUUAAACAAGGUGUAUAAUAUUAUUAUUAUGCAUUUAUACAAAGUAUCUACUAGGUACAGGUUAUCUGAAUUUAUAUUUAAAUAAGAGAAAUAAUAAAGCAUUUUUAAAAUAUUGAUAUUUUUAUUGGAAAGGGGCAUAUUUGCAAGAUGGAAAAUUGCAACUUAGGGCAAGUUGGAAGAUAAUAGUUAGGCAAAAAUAACAGCAAGGGAAUAGGAACCUGCGAGAAUAAAAGAAAAGGUAAAGGAAAAGGGACAAAAACAGAAAAAGUUAAAAAUAUUGUACAACAUUUAGAACAGUCUUCACAAAAUGAUGUGUUCUGUGUAUGUGGUGAACGUUAUGUGGCACCAUCCACAGAGGACUGGGUACAAUGUCCUGUAUGUAAUGGUUGGGCACAUAAAUUGUGUACCGACACAGAAGAUGGCAGUUUUAUGUGUGUAAACUGUAAAAUGUAGUGCUUUCCUCUACAUUCCAUCUUGCCCGAACAAGCUUUCCAUCCUGCCCUCAGGGUAAGGGCAAGAUGGAAUUUUUGACAUUAUUUUUUAAUUACUCAUAAAAAAAUUCUACUUAUUAUUAAUAACAUUUAAUGGCUGACUUUUGUAACUGUAUAAGAUCUCUUUCAAGAACGAUUAAAAUGAAAGUUUUGUA